AGUUGCCGUGGCGCGGAGAACUCUGCAAAACAAGAGGCUGGGGAUUGCGUUAGCGAGUAACCAGUUCUCGCCGGAGCUUGGGGAAGGAAGUCUCUCCGUGGAGGUCUGAGGGAAGCGCUCGCGCCAGGUAGACGCCGCGCCGUCAUCAUGGGUAAGGGUGACCCCAACAAGCCGCGGGGCAAAAUGUCCUCGUACGCCUUCUUCGUGCAGACCUGCCGGGAGGAGCACAAGAAGAAGCAUCCCGACUCGUCGGUCAACUUCGCCGAGUUCUCGAAGAAAUGCUCCGAGAGAUGGAAGACCAUGUCUGCAAAGGAAAAGUCGAAGUUUGAGGAUUUGGCCAAGAGCGACAAAGCUCGUUAUGACAGGGAGAUGAAGAACUAUGUCCCUCCCAAAGGUGAUAAAAAAGGGAAGAAAAAAGAUCCAAAUGCUCCGAAGAGACCACCGUCUGCCUUCUUCCUGUUUUGCUCUGAACAUCGCCCAAAGAUCAAAAGUGAACACCCUGGCCUGUCUAUUGGAGAUACUGCAAAGAAACUGGGUGAGAUGUGGUCUGAGCAAUCUGCCAAAGAUAAACAACCGUAUGAGCAGAAAGCAGCUAAACUAAAGGAGAAGUAUGAGAAGGAUAUUGCUGCAUACCGUGCCAAGGGCAAAAGUGAAGUAGGAAAGAAGGGUCCUGGUAGGCCAACAGGCUCAAAGAAGAAGAAUGAACCAGAAGAUGAAGAAGAGGAGGAGGAGGAAGAAGAGGAUGAAGAUGAAGAGGAGGAAGAUGAGGAUGAAGAAUAAGUGGCUGUCCUAAAGUGUGGAGUAUAUGUGCUCAGGCAAUUAUUUUGCUAAGAAUGUGAAAUUCAAGUGCAGCUCAACAUUAGCUUCAGUAUAAAAACUGUACAGAUUUUUGUAUAGCUGAUGAGAUUCUUUGUAGAGAAAAUACUUUUUAAAAAGUUUGUAGCUUUUUCAAGGGCUACAACGUACAGUUAGAUUUAAAGCUUUUGAUGUUGAAUGUUUCUAAAUAUUUAAUGGUUUCUUUAAUUUCUUAUGGUAGCAAAAAAAAACUUCAUAGGAAUUUGUAUUACCAGUAAAAAGAAUUUUUUUUUAGGAUGUUGAAUUUUUUUUGUUUUUUUCUUUUUUUAAAUUUGUAAUAAAAUAAUGUAUAUUACUUG